CUCUUUUUUCAGUUAUAUUGGUAACCAAUAAAAAUGAAGCAAACCUUAAACUGUAUUCUAUUACUGACUUUAUACAUUAGUUGGGCAUUUGCUGAAGAAGCGCAAACACAAUUGAACCUACAAGGCAUUCCUAAUCCACCACAGUUGUUAGGCGUGGAAUGUCAUAUCAAAGAUGCUACGAUCCAAUGGCGGCCAAUGGGAGAUAAUUUAGCUCCAAUUCUUUAUUAUAUCAUUCAGUACAAUACCAGUUUCAUACCAGAAGAAUGGAAGGAUUUUGGUCAAGCACCCUCCAGCGAUUCCAUAUAUAAUGUUAAUCUAGCACCGUGGGCCAAUUAUACAUUUAGAGUUAUAGCUGUUAAUAAAAUCGGACAAUCAAAGCCAUCUUUGCACUCAGAGGUUUGCACAACACCAGCUGAGGUGCCUCGUACAAAUCCGGAUAAUGUAAGACUAGAAGGAGAUGAAGAUAAUUUAGUGAUAACUUGGACGCCAAUGCCACAAAUUGAACACGGUGGACCUGGUUUUAAAUAUCGUGUCGGUUGGAAAAGAGCAAUAAAUGGAGAAGAUUAUGAAUUCGUAGAUAUCGACAAUUAUAAACAAAAUAGAUUGAUUAUUCCAAAUCAACCUUAUUUUCAUUUAUACUACAUCGUAGUUGGUGCAGCAAAUGAACUAGGACAGGCAAAUGUUGCUCCACUAACGGUAACAGGCUAUUCUGGAGAAAGUAAACCUGUGAGAGCUCCUACUAAUUUUACAUUGUUAGAUAUUCUUGGACCAACGACAGCUUUGUUUAGUUGGGAACCUGUUCCGAAGGAAUCCAUCAGAGGUCAUUUCAAAGGCUACAAAAUUAAAAUAUGGAGUAAAACGUCACCUAUAGCUAAGGAUAUUUAUGUCAAAGGAGAUACAUCAAAAGCUUUAAUAUCAAACUUUGAUCCUUACACAACGUGUUAUGCACAGGUUAACGUUUUCAACAAUAAAUAUGAUGGACCUCCAAGCGAUGUGAUUUCUUUUAACACUCCGGAAGGAAGACCAGAAGGGAUGCAAGGAUUGGAAGCUUAUCCAUUAGGUUCCACGGGUUUUCUGUUAAAAUGGGACAAACCAGACAAACCCAAUGGUAUUCUCACAGGUUACAAUAUUUAUUGGUCUAAAAUUGACUCUGGGAUGGUUAAUGAGCCAAAUUCUAGAAUACCUCAGAUUGCAGAUCCUAAUGUGAAUACUGCCAAACUUGAUGGAUUACAAGCUGAUUCUAGUUAUCGAAUCUAUAUAACUGCCACUUCAAAAGCUGGAGAAUCUCAUAGAUACUUUAUAGAGAAAAACACUCGGCAACAUGGCAAUUAUAAACCUUCCAAACCGUCUUUUGAAUGGGUUUUCGUAAACCCUGACCGUACUUCCGUACGAAUUCACUGGUUGCCGGCUGAAGAUGGUAAUGGAGGCACGUAUUUUUUGGUGAAAUACAAGAAACGCGGAGAAUUAAAUUUCCAUUGUUGCGACGAAAAAUAUGAAGACUGGAUUAUAAUUUCUGGAUUAGAAGACUCGACUGUAUAUGAAUUCAUUGUCACCGCAGUAGACGGCCCGAGUCCCGAUUUAUUUACAGAUAGUGAUAUGCAAGAAAUCAGCACUUAUAGCAAACCUGAGACGCUACUUAUUCAACCAGUCUCUACGACCAGCGAUCACAAACAAGGACCUAAAAGCGGCUAUGGAGAUGGAGAUAGUGUGGAUGGCAUUAAACCUGAAGUCAUUCCAUCUACACCACCUCAUAGUAACAAACAGUUUAUAGAAGGAACUUCGAGAGACUAGAAACAAAGGAAACUAAAAAAAUUAACUACAUCACAGUUACAACGUCUUGUUCUCUUGGAACAGCUUUAAGAAUUAAGAUUAAGGAAAGAAAUAUUAAUGAUAAAUCAAAAUAAACAAACAAUAAAUCUAUGCAUUUAAAUGACGAGGCUAAAAGUUUUGUGAAGAUAAUUUUUUUAUUGAUUUUUAAAUUUUACU